AUGUCUAUCACACAGGAUAACAGUGACUCAGUGUCUCGGGAAAGCCCCAGUAUCGUAGAUGAACCCUCAUCGUCGGGCGUGCUCGCCAAGGAAUACACUCUCGACAUCCCUAGAAUACCUAGUUUAGAACUCCCAUUACAUGUUUCAGCGGAACAAUCAAGCAUUCAGAAGGCUGUUACGAUGUGCGGUGGUAUUAGGAAGGUGAAAGAAGCCUUUAGAGAAGGCGGUAACGUGGAGUCGCAGAAUGGGUUGGAACUUUAUUUAAAUGAAGGGAAGAACCCUGAUGGGACUUCAUUGUUCUUCAAUGAACAUUCCAUCACUGGUAAGAGAGUUCCCUUCAGAGAUGAUUCUAUUAUUCUAAAGAUUACAAUGCCCAGGGGGACUAUGGAAAAGAAUAGGAAUAACAUUCAACAAUCAUUAGCUUCAUUGGAUUCCAAACAGUAUAGAGUGACACCAGUGGGGAUCGUGAAUAAUACCAUUAAAUUUAGAGAAAUGUCGGAUUUCCAAGUGAGGUUGGAUAAUGUGCCAUCUGCUAACGAAUUUAAAGAUAGUUUUGAAACUUUAGAUUGGUCGAAUUUCAAGAAAUUCGUUCAAUCAGUUCCAGACAAUGACUCAAGACCAUUUGAAAAUAUUAAUAAUUUGAUCUUGGAUAGAACAAGUGCAUGCCCCAGUACUGAUUUCCAACUACCACCACCACCAAAAUUAUCCAUGGUGGGAUACCCAUUAUUAUACAAAUAUAAGGGAAAUCCGCUGGCCACUAAGAAAUCUGAUGGUAAGGCAGAAGUGAAAGCGGCAUAUAUCAAGAAUUAUCAAUUGUUUCUUCAUACGUUAGAUAAAGAUACAAAACCUCCCACAGAGCCACAUCAGUUACUUCAAAAGGAUUAUAAUGAAGCUAAAAGAACCGGGACAUACCCAGGUAGUAAACCUGAUUCAAAAUUCUAUGAGUAUUUGGAAGAAUGUAUCACAAUCCUUAAGAAAUUAUUUGAAAAGAGGCCUAUUUGGAUUAAGAGACACAUUGAUGGUAUCAUCCCGAAAAAGAUAUACCAUACUUUGAAGAUUGCUUUAGCAUUAGUAUCCUAUAGGUUUUCCAUGGGACCCUGGAGAAACACAUACAUUAAAUUUGGCAUUGAUCCCAGAAGUUCCAGUGAAUAUGCACAAUAUCAAACGGAGUAUUUCAAGAUUGAAAGAAAAUUAUUACAGAAUCCAAUGGUGAAGAAAAAUAUCCCAGAACCCCCAGAACUUUGCUUCCAAUCUAAUGUUCCUGAUGGUAUUGAUACCAGAUUCAAGCUUGACGGUACGCAGGUUCCAUGGUAUCUAAUGUUACAAAUUGAUUUGUUGGUGGACGAACAUAACAUUCGGGAGGUGUAUAAUCAAGUGGAGUAUCUGGAUAAACCCAAUGAAUUGACAGGAUGGUUUAAAGAAUUGGAUUUGGUUAAGAUGAGAAGAAUCGUCAAAUAUGAAUUGGGUUGCAUGGUGCAGGGCAACUACGAAUUCAACCAGUAUAGAUUGAAAUAUUUUAAAUCAAUGGGAUUUGUUAAGGAGUCAAUGAUACCAGGUCAAGGAGGGAAGGAGGAUGCUGAUGGAGAUAUAGAUAUGGAAAAGGAAGGUACGAGUAAUGAGAACAAGGAGGCGUCAUCGGAUAUUGAAGAUGAUAAUGGUGUGGCCACGGGAGAAGCCGAUGACCUUGCGCUGGAAGAUGAAGAAGCUGAAAAUUAUGACAAGGUUAUGGUCACUGCGGGUGGAGAAGAAGAAGAGAACAUGCAAGGAGAAGUAGAUGCGGGCGAAGAUGAAGGUAAGCCGGUGUUCGAUGUUUCAGAGGCGUCAUUCCAAGAAAUUAUGCAGCAUAUCGCCAAAUUUGACCCUGAGUCUGCGCUAAAACUCCAAAGAACCUUAGACGGUCUUGUUCAAGAAACCAAGCUGUCUGAAGGGUUGUAA